GAGAGCUAGGCCGGGCUCGCUGCCGCCGCUGCCGCCGCUGCCUAUGGCUCGCAGACUCGUCGCUCGGCCGCUCGACUGCAGAUCAGUGCGGGUCCGCGCGCGCGGCAGGAGUGCGAGUGCAGAUCAGUCGGCCGCGAGCUGUGCGCGACUCCGCAUCGUGGAUAACGACAACGUCGGCACCAGGACUCGUCCGCUCGCUCACCCAUCUCGCAACGCUCCCAACCAGAGAGACGCAGAAAGAGGAGAGAAGAGCAGUUCGCUAGUGAGGGUUUGGGUGGCGCCCCGUUUGAACACACCUAGCUAGAGAGAGCGAGACAGAGAGAGAGAGAGAGAGAGAGAGAGAGAGAUCCCGAGGGACACGCAGCUAUCCCCGCGCAAUAGCAGGGGGGAGAGAGAGGCGGCGCUCGGCGCAAGAGCUUUCGCGAGCAGUGCUGCUGCUGCCGUCGCCUGUUCAGGACCCCAGCCUCACUCCGCGUCGGCUCCAAUUUCAAAGAACACGUUGUUAUGAGCCAGCCACACUGCGCAGAACGACAGUAGGCUAGACUGAAUUCAGAACCAAGGGGCUCACCCUCGACUUUGACAAGCGGCGGCAAAUAUGGCGGAGACGAGCGGCAAGGAUCAGACGGAGAUGCUAGAUCCGGAGAGCGGCGACGGGGCAAAGGCCCUCAACGCCAGCGGCAAAUCUAAAAAGGAUUUACCUGACCGAGGUAGCUGGUCCUCCAAGCUCGACUUCAUUCUCAGCGUGGUGGGUCUGGCGAUCGGCCUGGGCAAUGUGUGGCGAUUUCCGUACCUGUGCUAUAAGAAUGGAGGCGGUGCCUUCCUGAUCCCUUACUUCAUCACGCUCUUCCUCGCGGGCAUUCCCAUGUUCUUCAUGGAGCUGGCGCUCGGCCAAAUGUUAACGAUAGGCGGCCUCGGGGUCUUCAAGAUCGCACCCCUAUUCAAGGGCAUCGGCUACGCGGCCGCCGUCAUGUCGUGCUGGAUGAACGUCUACUACAUCGUCAUCCUCGCCUGGGCCAUCUUUUACUUCUUCAUGUCUAUGCGCAGCGAACUACCCUGGGGCAGCUGCCACAAUUACUGGAACACGAAGAACUGUGUCAACCCGUACGAGCGGAAGAAUCUACAUUGCUUCAACAAGUUUGGCGUGAACAACACGAUCGUCAAGAUGUGCACUUUCAAUCACGUCAACAUCAGCGCCACCGAGCUCACCGAUCCCGUCAAGGAGUUCUGGGAGCGAAGGGCCCUGCAGAUCAGCCCAGGCGUCGAGUGGGUGGGCAACAUAAGAUGGGAGCUGGCCGGCACCCUGCUGCUCGUCUGGAUAAUGUGUUACUUCUGCAUCUGGAAGGGAGUAAAGUGGACCGGCAAAGUGGUCUACUUCACCUCGCUCUUUCCGUACGUGCUGCUGACGGUGCUGCUGAUCAGAGGCAUCACACUGCCCGGGGCCAUGGAGGGCAUCCGCUUCUACGUCAGCCCCAACCUCUCGAAGCUUCGAGAGUCCGAGGUAUGGAUAGACGCGGUGACGCAGAUCUUCUUCUCGUACGGCCUGGGCCUUGGCACGCUGGUCGCUCUGGGCAGCUACAACAAGUUCAGCAACAACGUGUACAAGGACGCGCUGAUCGUCUGCUCGGUCAACUCGUCGACCUCGAUGUUCGCGGGCUUCGUGAUCUUCUCGGUGGUUGGCUACAUGGCCCACGAGCAGCAGAAGCCCGUGGCCGAGGUGGCCGCCUCGGGCCCCGGCUUGGCCUUCCUCGCGUACCCCUCGGCGGUGCUGCAGCUGCCCGGCGCUCCGGUCUGGUCCUGCCUCUUCUUCUUCAUGCUGCUGCUCAUCGGCCUGGAUUCGCAGUUCUGCACCAUGGAGGGCUUCAUCACGGCUAUGGUCGACGAGUGGCCCAAGCUGCUGCGUCGACGCAAGGAGAUAUUCAUCGCGAUCGUGUGCCUGCUUUCCUACCUGGUGGGCAUGUCGUGCAUAUCCGAGGGCGGCAUGUACGUCUUCCAAAUCCUCGAUUCCUACGCCGUCUCCGGAUUCUGCCUGCUCUUCCUCAUCUUUUUCGAGUGCAUCUCCAUCAGCUGGUGCUUCGGCGUGAAUCGCUUCUACGACGCGAUCAAGGAAAUGAUCGGCUACUAUCCGAUAAUCUGGUGGAAGUUCUGCUGGGUGAUCGCCACCCCGUCGAUAUGCAUUGGAGUCUUCUUCUUCAACUUGGUGCAGUGGACGCCGAUCAAGUACCUGGACUACGAGUACCCCUGGUGGUCUCACGUGCUCGGCUGGAUAACGGCGCUGUCCUCGAUGCUCUGCAUACCCGGCUACAUGAUUUACAUCUGGAUGAAGACCCCGGGCGACAACAAGACGAAAUUCAAGACGCUGAUCCGGAUAGAGGACAGCGUGACCGAGCUGCGAGAAAAGAUGGGCCACUCGGGCGUGGAACUGACGCCCCUAUAGUCCGUCUCGCCGUAAGCUGCUCGCAGAAGUGUUUGUUCGUGGUCGUUGGCCGAGGCUUGCCAACCACUCCAAUUGUCUUAGCUGCAACAUGAGGACAACAGACAUCGACAACCUUGCGCGUGCACAUCCUCGAUUCAGGCGAUCCACCGAUCGACAAAUCAAAACAACAAACAUUCAUAUAUUAUAGAUAUAAAUAUACACAAUGAAACAUAUCGUCGAGCGAUAAUUACGCCGGAAUUAGGUCUAUCGUCAAAUUAAUCGUUAUUUAUUGGAUUCUAAGCAGCAACCAGGAUAGAGGGGCAAAUCAACCACUGUGACUCUGUAUCGCCAUUGAUGUAUUAUAUAUACGUAUAUAAUAACCUUCGUUUCUCCAAAACGUAUCCGACUCUUGUUACAUAGGGGACGAAAGCAAAGUUUUUUAUAUACAUUUCUAAAUAGAUAUAUUUACAUUGAGACAUUUUUCGAAUGAUUUAUCAAGAGAACAAACAAUCCGAAUCGCUCAAAUUUUUGACAAUAAAUUCUUAUUUUCGUACAGUUUAGUUGCAGUCUCAUUACGUGCGCAGAACUUUCCUCUUGAGUUUCGCGUUGCUAGCUAUAGCUUGUAGACCAAGAGACAAAACAAAGCAGAGAACAAAUCUAUGCAACUUACCUAUAUUAUUAUAAAUAUAUAAAAAGAAAACAAUGACCAGAAAAAAUUAUAGGAAACUAUAUGUCUACACUAAAACUGAAACAUAAUCAAGUUGCGGGAAAAAAAAGAGAGAAUCACUGUCUUCCAUUUACAAAUUAUACUUUUACAUUCGAUAAUUUUUAAUAGAGAACAAAUUAUAUCUUAACGAUCAGUCGAUCGGACCUACUCUACGAUAUAUACAAAGAUGAGCAUUUAAAAUUUAAAUGAGCACAUAUACACGCACACAAAUUGAUGAACAAGCUAGCUGUUCAUUCAAGUAGAUUCAAGCCAGAUAUUACCAAGUAGAGUUGCAUUUCAAACGUGUGGUACAAAACUAUAUGAAACAGAUGUUUAUUGGUGAUUGGCGUCAAUUGCAAUUAUUGACAAUCGACGCGGCGACACUGCUUGUCGAGCAACGCUAAUUCGUGUCAAGCGAUAACGAUAACGAGGGAGUGACAGAAGCGCGAAAAAAAAAAGAAAAAAAAGAAAAGAAAAGAAACGACGUAGGCACGCUGACAAUAAAAAUAAAGAAAGGAAAAUAUAAACAAUUAUUGCUGAGCAAAAUACGUAGUAUAUAUCACUUUGCGUCAAGCAAGCAUACUUACUAGCCUUAGAAGACUAGUAUUUGUACUCUAGAUCUGAAGGUGUUCAAAAUAUAGUUACGAACGUAUCAUCAUAGGGCCUUUUAAAAUGAUUCAAUAAAUAGUCCUUGUAACGAAUAACAAUAUACAUAUAUACAUAACUACAGAUAUAUUAUUAAAGAAUCAAAUAUAGAAGACAAAGCACUUUAAUCGUUAUUAAUAAUACAAGUCGGACGGAUAUAUCGUAGGCAAAACCAAACUUGUGGAUUCAAGUUAAACACGCGUGAAUUCUUUAUCAACGAUAUAAGAUUUCAUGCUUUGGUGAAAACAUUUGUUUGCGUUCUGUUUUCGUUUCGUGGGCCAAAAGAACCCUUCGCCGCAAACUGUGCAAACUUUUAGUUGCGCUUGAAUACGUAAGCGUCAGGCUACGCUUAGUUUUCGUUGUUAUCGAUUUCAAAGUUUAUUUUGCAGUUGGACCAAAGUUCGUGCAACCUUUUGUUUUCGCUUUCGCUUCGUGGUAAAUAAAUAUUUUCACUAAAGUAACUCAAAUACAUGUACAAGCACAUGUAUAUAUUAUCAUGUAUACACAUGCAUAUCUAGUACACGUAAGGAUCUUCCAAGAGAUCGCGCGCAAAAGAAUAACAAGUUACUGAGAAAAAUGCUUGAUCGCUGCAAUAACGGUUCGAACUAUUUCCGUACGUGCACUGUUGGCAAUGUAAAUGUGACAAAGCAGUUGGGGCGCGCGCCCCGACAUAUAUUUUGAGAUGUGCUACAAAGGGAGCGGGCAAAGGGAGAUCGCGGUGGAAACGAGCAUUUUUCACAAAUCCUUGUCUUCCAUCGAUGCCACUACUUUUCACGGCGAAUGCCGUUGCUAAAACUUUAUUUACUCGUUAGACAAACAAGCAUAUUUGUCAUGUGGUGUGAUAUGUACAAUUACAAGAGACAAAAGAUGUUUAACGCAAAAAAAAAAGAUAUAUAACUAAUAUAUAAACACAACGAACUAUACGACUUAUUCGAACGAUGCGCGCAGGCUUAAGUGACUUUUUAUAAAUUUUUUUUCCAAUUCUUCCAAACGUCUAGUCAAUACUUUGGAACUUGCCGAAAAAAGCUCACAUUCUUGCUAUUCAAUAUUAUUAUGUGAAAUUCAUUUUUUGGAGUCACUUCGCGCUUUUCAACUUGUUAUAAUUGUGAAAUAGAUUUUAAUGAAUUAUUGUAAGUCAGUGAAAUCAACAGUACAUUACGAUACAAGUGCGGGAAAGCAGAUUCUUGUCUCGUUUGGCGUUUACUCCCGAGCGAAACGAAGGUGGAAAGGCACACGAGACGAGAAACGCUUUCCCGAACGUGUGUCGUACCGUAUUUUUUGAUGCGACGUGUGAAAAGUGCGAUUUUCAACGCACGUUUUCUCCCGAGCGUGCGGAAAAGACGCACUUUGCGCCCGGAGUGUCGAAAAAAUCAUUUUCAUAUGUCAUGUUAAAGCUCGUUACUAGGCUGCUCAUCGUUGACGUUGCGCUCUAGAUAAAUAUUAUAUACACCUAAACAAGAUAAAGAGAAGAAAUUUAGAAGAUGUAUAGCGCGGAUACAUUGAACUAUGAAUUUGCCGAUAGUUUAAGCUAUUUAAUUUAAUUGUUUGUUACAAUUAUUUUUAUUAAUUAAUUUGUCUAAAAAGUUACGAAUACAUUUUAUUAUACGUUGUAGUCAUUUUUCUUUUGGACAAGCCCUCUCUAUGCAUUGUAUGUGCAUAGUCACACACAGUGGAGAGCUAUUAAACGCACGCCCGAUGGAACAUUAGAUCAAUGCGUAUAGUGAGCAUGCAAACAAAAUCACAAACACUUUGUUUGAAUGAGUAUGCGUGCGUAUGUAUAUACGCGUACGUGCACAGGCUUAUGUAUAUAUGUGCAGCUUCAUGUGCACGCGCGCCUCCAUACGCUCAUAUAUCAAAUAGUGUAUAUGACAAAUAUCAAUGUAUUAUUGUUACUUGUGUAGAAACAAUUGACCUGUGUAUGUAUCAAUUAAUGAAAAAUAAAUUGAAUUAAUGUAAAAUUAAA